GAAGGAUGAGAAUUUGAAUUAGAGGUUAGUUCACCGUAGUUGAGAAAGAAACUUAUUCAUCAACAACACGCACUGUCAAUAGAGCUCAAGUGAUCGUGAUUACGAGAGGAUAGCAAUGGGCGUACCAAGCGGCAGAAAUGUUGAGGCGAUGGAUGUGGAUGUGAAUCCGCCAAACACGUCAUCGGACGCGCAGAGCGGCGACGGAGACGGUGCGGGCGAGCGCAAGGACACCGACGUGCAGACUCUGCACGAUAUCCGCGAGCACACUCGGCAAAUUGAGAAAGCCGUGCAGAACAAAGAGCCGCGCUUUGUAUUGCGCGCUUUGCGCGCUUUACCCAACACCCGUCGUCGUCUCAAUCCUAUUGUGCUACGCGGUCUCGUCACUGGUUUUUACACCAAAUCCGCCACCGAACGUGAUGCUUUGCUCGCCUGGAUAGAGGAACCAAUGGACGUCGAUGACAACCAGGCUGUCAUCCAGAAGUUCCGCAGCUCAUCGUCAUCUCUGCUGCCCGAGAUCGACGCUUACAUUCAUCUGUUGGUGCUGAUCCGGCUCAUCGACACUAGGAAGUACAACGAGGCGGUGCAGUGUUCUGAGCAACUAGUUCAGAAAAUCGUCGCGCAGAAUCGCAGAACCAUAGAUCUUAUUGCUGCCAAGUGCUACUUCUAUCACUCUCGCGCAUACGAGUUAACAAAUAAGCUGAACAGCAUCAGAGCUUUCUUGCAUUAUCGUUUACGCACUGCGACGCUGCGUAAUGACUUUGAGGGCCAGGCGGUGCUGAUCAAUUGUCUGCUGCGCAACUACCUGCACUACAAUCUCUACGAUCAAGCGGACAAGCUGGUACUCAAGUCGACCUUCCCCGAGUCGGCCAGCAACAACGAAUGGGCCCGUUUCCUAUACUAUCUUGGCAGAAUAAAAGCCGCGAGAUUGGAGUAUUCAGCCGCACACAAGUACUUAGUGCAGGCGAUGCGUAAAGCGCCACAGACCACGGCUGUUGGAUUUAGACAAACGGUUCAGAAGCUGGCAGUCACCGUGGAGUUGCUUCUGGGUGAUAUUCCAGAGCGGCAAAUAUUCCGGCAGGCGGCUCUACGCAGAGCCCUGGCACCGUACUUCCAACUCACCCAGGCAGUACGUCUGGGCAAUCUGCAACGCUUCGGCGAGGUUUUGGAGAACUUUGGGCCGCAAUUCCGCGUGGAUCACACGUUCACGCUUAUUCUACGAUUGCGACACAACGUCAUUAAGACUGCCAUCCGUUCGAUCGGACUGUCCUAUUCGCGCAUCUCACCAACCGACAUCGCUCGCAAGUUGGGACUGGAUUCCAGCGUGGACGCGGAAUUCAUCGUAGCGAAGGCGAUUCGCGACGGAGUGAUCGAGGCCACCCUAGAUCCGGAGAACGGCUACAUGCGCAGCAAGGAGACCUCGGACAUCUACUGCACCAAGGAACCACUGCUCGCCUUCCAUCAGAGAAUAACUUUCUGUUUGGAUUUGCACAAUCAAAGCGUCAAAGCGAUGCGCUAUCCACCCAAGUCCUACGGCAAGGAUUUGGAGUCUGCGGAGGAGCGUAGGGAAAGGGAACAGCAAGAUCUGGAGCUGGCUAAAGAGAUGGCUGAGGAGGACGACGACGGUUUUCCUUGAAUUCUCUUGAAUAUUCAGAGACUUCUUUCUCAAAGCAUGGAUUAGGAAUUAGGACAUUCUAUAAUCAUAAUAUUGAUGUGUGCUGUUUUAACGAAUUUGUAGAUAAUCCACAGAAUAAUGAGAACUGAUAGUGGUCGUUGUUUAUGAUUAUAGAAUGAUAAUGUGGAAUGGAAUUCUUACGUUCAUACACACAUAAAUACUAAUACUGAUAAUGCGAUGAAUAAGAUAUAAGUUAAGUAAUGAUAAGAAUAUACACGAAAUAAAAACAGUAUCACAGUCGAAUUAAUAAAAUAAUUUCUUGAUA